AUGGGUGUGAAGAGGUCACCGAGCAUGUGUGCUUCUGUCGGAAUCCAAGGCAUCGCUUGGGCUUUCGGUGGUAUGAUCUUCUCUCUUGUCUACUGCACCGCUGGUAUCUCCGUUAAGGAGCAGUGGACACAUCAACCCAGCUGUUACGUUUGGUCUGUUCUUGGCAAGGAACUUUCACUCACACGAGCUGUGUACUACAUAGUGAUGCAGUGUUUAGGAGCUAUCUGUGGAGCUGGUGUUGUCAAGGGGUUCCAACCAAAGCAGUACCAAGCUCUAGGAGGUGGAGCCAACACGGUAGCUCCUGGUUACACCAAAGGAAGUGGUCUCAGAGCUGAGAUUAUUGGAACUUUUGUGCUAGUUUACACCGUCUUCUCCGCUACUGACGCUAAGAGAAACGCUUGUGACUCUCAUGUUCCUGUAAAUUCUUGCACCUCUCUCCCUAUCAGAUUUGCUGUGUUCUUGGUCCACUUGGCAACCAUCCCAAUCACUGGAAUUAAUCAAGCAAGGAGUCUUGGAGCUGCAAUCAUCUUCAGUAAGGACAAUGCUUGGGACGACCAUUGGAUCUUUUGGGUUGGACCAUUCAUCGGUGCUGCACUUGCUGCUCUGUACCACGUGAUAGUCAUCAGAGCCAUCCCAUUCAAGUCCAGAAGCUGA